ACCACAGAGACCACUGUUCAACCAAGCAAGGAGGUGGACGCCGCUGAUGACUUUACAUUCAGUACAUUGUCAGACUUGGACAUGGCCGAUUUGGGUGUUGCUCCAUUGUCUGCCUCAGCACUUCCAACCUCACCUGCACCUCAAACAUAUUCCAUCAUAUUCGACAACCUGGACUUUUACGUUCAGACGCAUCAUCAGUCCACCAGCCAGACCAACAAGUCAAUUCACUGGAUCCACCACAUGUGUGUCAUCAACAGAAUCAACUCACUACACCUUGACAAGUUGAAACCGACAAAUUCUUUGAUUGACUAUGAUCUCGGGAAUUCACUUCCUGGACCAGACACACAAGCCAGUAUGCGUCGGGAAUUCGUUGUUUUGGGGAGCCGAAUCCUGACAGCUUAUUUGGAAUCAUUCAAGACCCUCUCCAGUGUGGUUGUUCAACAUAUCCCCCACCAGUUCUCUGAAGAAAUGGCCCAGCCAUCCACUCAUUAUCCACUUGGACUUCUAUUCAAGGACGAAACACAAACUGCCGACCUGGUGGAUGUGCUCCAGCACCUUCAAAAGGAGUAUGUGCCAAGAUGUCCUGAUGGGCUUGAAAAGAUUUUGAUCGGGGGUGACAGACUGACAGAGGCCAAUUCCCGGAAUAUCCAGUUGGCGUUUGCUGAUGGGGAGACGGAGGAGGACCGCCUGGAAGGCCUCUGUGUCAAAUAUGAAGACUGGCACGCAAUUCGAAAACUCUUUGAGAUAUAUCAUCAGAUCUUCUUUAGUGAAGAAUCUGCCAAAGACCAUGGCACACUCAACGCCAACAUGAAUCUCUUGAGAGUAUCUUCGCCAACCAUGAAGUUGGCGUGGACUUAUGAACUGUGUGCAUGUUACCAAGAAAGCACAGCCACCAUGAAUUCGGCUGCUUUCCAUUGGGGAUUUAAGGGAAAAGUGGGUCAUUGGUACCAGUGUUGGGAGUAACGCGUUACAAAAGUAACGCGUUACUCCCAACAAAAAAAGGUGCAGCAAUGCGAAGAAAGGCCCACAUGCUGCGUACAACGCUUACAAACAGUUUGUGCAGAUUGACACGACAGCACUUUUCCUUGUGGCAGCAAUGGAACAUUUUCAUUUGGAUGAUGUCACAGGUCUGUAUCUGCUACAUUGUGUUGAAAGGAUUAAAAUCAAGGAAUCAAACAUUACCUUUUCUUGGCAUAAGGUACAAUGUAUGAAUACAAUUUUUAUAUAUAUAUUUCUUUUUUGUUUUCUCACAGCUACUCCAGACGGCUUAGUACCAGACCACAUCCAGCAAGGCUCUGCAGAACAGAAGAGGACCUGGCUCCAUGACUCUGUGGCAGAGGUC